UUGUCCCAAACUCAGAGACUAAGCACAUCUAUCGUUCUUGUCCCCUCGAUCUCUCUUUUCUCUCUCUCUCUCUCUCUCUCUGUCUCUCGGUUUCUUCACAGAGGAUUUGGUUCAGUGGGUCUGUGCGGAGAUGGGAGAGAGAUCAUCAAGGCAAAGCAACAAAUUCGAUGAAGAGAUUAGUGGUGGUGAAGUGAAUUGGAGUGUGGUUGAAGAAGACUGCGUCGAUUGGAGAGGAAAACCUUCUGACCCUGACAAGCAUGGUGGCAUGAGAGCUGCUUUCUUUGUUCUUGGACUGCAAGCGUUCGAGAUAAUGGGGAUCGCGGCCGUAGGGAACAACCUCAUAACGUAUGUGAUAAAUGAGAUGCAUUUCCCGCUGUCUGAAGCCGCAAAUAUUGUCACCAAUUUUGUCGGUACCAUAUUCAUAUUGGCCCUCCUCGGCGGCUAUCUCGCCGACACCUUCCUCGGAAGCUUCUGGACUAUUCUCAUCUUCGGCUUCGUCGAACUCUCGGGAUUCAUACUACUGUCCGUACAAGCGCAUCUGCCACAGCUAAAACCACCAAAGUGCAACCCGAUGAUGGCGGCAGAACAAAACUCGUGCGAAGAGGCAAAAGGGUUCAAGGCGAUGAUAUUCUUCGUGGCGAUCUACCUGGUGGCGUUAGGGAGCGGCUGCGUGAAACCGAACAUGAUAGCUCAUGGCGCCGAUCAAUUCCCUCGGGCCCACCCUAAACAAUCGAAACGCCUCUCUUCUUACUUCAAUUUCGCUUAUCUCGCAUUCUCGAUCGGCGAGCUCGUCGCCCUCACGCUUCUCGUCUGGGUCCAAACGCAUUCGGGAAUGGACGUCGGGUUCGGAGUCUCUGCUGCCGUCAUGGCGAUGGGUCUCGUCAGUUUGGUUGCGGGCACUAUGUAUUAUCGCAACAAACGUCCGAGCCGAAGCACCUUCACUCCCAUUGCUCAAGUAAUAGUGGCUGCAAUGUUGAAAAGGAAGCUAGUUUGUCCCUCUGACCCAAGGAUGCUUCACGGAAGCCUUCAUCUCUCAAACGGCGUCGUUCCCUCUCCCACUUUCCCUUACACUCCUCGUUUCAGGUUCUUGGACAAGGCAUGCAUAAGAACACAAGACGGGAACACAAAGGAGAGCUCAUGGAGGCUAUGUACGGUAACACAAGUGGAACAAGUGAAAACCCUAAUCUCACUUGUCCCGAUCUUUGCAUGUACAAUCAUCUUCAACACAAUCUUGGCUCAGCUUCAGACAUUCUCAGUCCAACAAGGAAGUUCCAUGGACACUCAUCUCACAAAUUCCUUCCGCAUCCCUCCCGCCUCUCUCCAAUCCAUUCCUUACAUUAUGCUCAUCUUCCUCGUCCCGAUCUACGACUCUUUCUUCGUCCCCUUCGCCCGAAAAAUCACGGGCCACGACUCGGGACUUCCCCCUUUGGCAAGAAUCGGUAUCGGCCUCUUCCUCUCGACGUUCUCGAUGGUUUCAGCUGCCUUGCUCGAGAAGAAACGUCGGGAUACCGCCAUUUUUGAUGGCAAAACGCUGAGUAUCUUUUGGAUCACUCCUCAGUUCUUGAUCUUCGGGUUGUCGGAGAUGUUUACGGCCGUAGGGCUGAUCGAAUUCUUCUACAAGCAAUCAGUGAAGGGCAUGGAAGCUUUCUUGAUGGCCUUGACGUAUUGUUCAUAUUCGUUCGGGUUUUACUUGAGUUCGGUUCUCGUUUCUGUUGUGAAUAAGGUUACUUCGUCCUCACGCAACGCAGAGGGCUGGCUGUCGGAGAAUGAUCUCAACAAAGACAGGCUUGAUUUGUUCUAUUGGCUUCUCGCCGUUCUUAGCCUCUUGAACUUUGUUAACUAUCUCUUUUGGUCUCGAUGGUACGUCAAGUCUUCCAAGACCAACAACGAUGUUGUCGGAGACGAUAACUUAGCCUAAUUAAUGCAUGUUAAUGUACAUAUAUAUAUAUAUAUGUUGUAUCCAAUUAAUGUACUCCGGCAUAUAUAUAUAUAUAUAUAUAUAUAGUUUGAUGAAUGUUGUUCCUAAUUAGUUUCCCUGGUCUCUAUAA